GCUGCUUAUGGCAAGAUCAUAAUGCCAUGUAGUGAUCCUAGAGUGUGGCCUAAAACUAAUGGGCCUCAAAUGCUGCCACCACACUAUGAGAAGAAAGUUGGUAGGCCUGGAAAGAAGAGAAAGAAGAACCCACUAGAGGAGGACAAUGGAACUAGGAUGAGCAGACAUGGCAUUAUUGGACACUGCAGUGUGUGCAAUCAACCAGGACACAACAAAAGAAAGUGCCCUGAACUAGGUAGAGGACAACCAACAGCAGCACAUGAGGCAGGAGCAGAACAAGAUCCAGCAGCAGAACAAUAUCCAGCAGCAGAAGAGGAAGCAGCAGAACAUGUGCAAACAACAGAACAUGUGCCAAUUCAGGUUGUGCUUCCAGAAACACAACAAAGAACUAAACUACCAGUCAAGAGAAGGCCCAGUUGCAAGAAAAAGGCAUGUCCACAAGUGGGCAGAAGUACAUCUAAUAUGAUAUCUUCUUCUAUGAAUUAUGAUCUUGCUUCAUCUACUAUGAUUGAGAUUUUACAGGACCAAGCUAUAGCUACUCAACAAUCUCAAACAGCAGUGCCAGCUCCUCUACCAGAAAGCCAGUUCAUUGCAAACUGCAGAGAUGCCCUGCCAGCUCCAAGAAGCCACACUACUGCUACACUAGGUUUGAAGAGAAGGAAGAAAGUGAAAAAAACUAAGGAGAACAAAGCCCCAACAACUCAGAAGUGAAGAGCUACAAAGAUGUUAUCGAAAGAAGCAGUGUAGGAUGUUUUUCUUUUGCUUAGGAAACAAGGUGGUUUGUAAUGAAACCUCAUGCUAAGAUGUGGCUUUGGGUUUCACACAAACCAUGGAAAUGUAAUACUUUUGUUGCACAACUUCAAGA